AUUUCUUCUGCGGGCCUCGUGUUUAGUAACACUUCGAACGCUUGACGAUCUCCACAUGUGGGGAGAGUGCUGUGCCCGACGAUCGCAGCAGCAGCAAAUCAGCGUUUUCUUUUCGUGUGUGUGUUUGAGAUAGAGAGACCGAAGUACAGAGAGAGAUUGCAAGAGUGAGACAUAUAUAGUUUGUGCGUAGGACCAAAGGACCCAUCGAAGAUGUUACCCAGAGAUCUAAGGCAUCUCUCGGGUUUGCUAGGAGCGGUGUAUCUGCUGGCUGGCCUUGUGUCCUUUGUGGAGGCGGCAAAGGAAUGCAAUACAACGCUGUGUGACUGCAAGGGCAUCAAGGGACGCAUAGGUGCCAUUGGACCGGCAGGUGUGCCCGGUAUGGAGGGCCCGCCAGGAGACACGGGACCGUUUGGACCGGCCGGACCACUUGGAGAGAAGGGUGAUGUGGGCGAGUAUGGCGAAAUCGGCGAGAAGGGACAUCGGGGAGACGCUGGGCAACACGGCCAAACAGGCUACCCAGGAGCAAGGGGUCCCCAUGGCGAACAUGGCACGACAGGACCGCGCGGCAUUGACGGCUGCGACGGUCGCCCGGGCCAGCAGGGCAUUGCCGGACCACCAGGAGACAACGGCCAGCGUGGACCCAUGGGUAAGCAGGGCGUUAAUGGUGCACGCGGUGACGCUGGCGAAGGUGGCAUCAACUCUAAAGGCACAAAGGGCAGUCGCGGCGAGAAGGGACUGGAUGGAUAUAACGGCCCGGCCGGUUUCGAUGGCGAUCGCGGCCAGAAGGGAGACACGGGCUUCGCUGGCAUAACGGGCGCGAAGGGAGACCAGGGACCCGAGGGACUCAAGGGUGAGACGGGCGAGCCAUCGGACCUGCCCUACACGCUGCAGGGCCUUCCCGGCCUGAAGGGUGAGCCUGGCGAGGGUGAGCCCGGCGCCUUGAUCUACGACGACUCACUGAAGGGCUAUAAGGGAUACAUUGGUGAGACCGGUGAUGCGGGUCCGAAAGGACCCUCUGGAGAACAAGGACUGUACGGACGCGCUGGUCUGCCCGGUGGCAGAGGCGACACCGGUGAGCCCGGAGAACGUGGCAAGCCCGGAAAGGAUGGCGAAGCAGGAGUUCCCGGCGAAAAGGGAGCUAAAGGUGCUCCCGGGUACAACGGUGAGGACGGAGUCGACGGCCCCAAAGGACAAGUGGGUGAGGAAGGCUUCGACGGCAUGCCUGGUAUGCAAGGACCCCCCGGACCGCCCGGAGUCUACGACCCCAGCUUAAGUCAGUCCUUGCCCGGACCAAUUGGCCCUCAGGGUGACAUCGGACCUGUUGGCAACCCUGGUCUAAAUGGAGUUCCCGGCAAGCCGGGUCGUCGUGGUGCCCCUGGCCCAUCCGGAUCGCCCGGAGAGCAGGGUUUGAAUGGCAACCGAGGACCGCCCGGCCGCAGCGUCAAGGGCGAAGAAGGUGACUACGGAUUCAUAGGACCUCCGGGGCCGCAGGGACCAGCUGGCGAGGCUGGUCCUCCCGGCCGUAUUGGCGUCCGUGGUGAUCCAGGCUUCAGCAUUCAGGGCCCCAAAGGUCAGGCCGGACUCAAUGGUCUGCCCGGAGGCGAUGGAUAUCGCGGCGAACGCGGCGAGGUAGGACUGCCCGGUGACAAGGGCUUGCCCGGAGUUGGCUACAACAUUGUCGGACCUUCCGGCUCCCGGGGACCACCCGGAGUACGCGGUCGUCCAGGCGAUGACGGUCUUGCCGGUUUCCGCGGAUGGAUCGGCGACAAGGGCAUACGUGGCGAUGACUGCGGCAUCUGUCAUGCCGGACCACGUGGGCCCCGAGGCCACGAGGGCGACACUGGAUACUCUGGCCAGCAUGGAGAUCGAGGCUUAAUCGGUAGAACUGGCGCCCGCGGACCCCAGGGCGUCCAGGGAAGACCAGGAAAACCAGGAUUCAAGGGUAUUCGCGGCACGCAAGGCAGUCCCGGAGAGCCCGGCAUGCCAGGCAGGCCUGGUCCUGACGGCCUGAUCACAGAAAUCGGUAGUCGGAGGGAAGCCGAGCGUGGUGACGAUGGCGAUUACGGUCGCCGCGGCGAUCAGGGAUUGGAAGGCGACAAGGGUCUGCCCGGCUUCCAUGGCGCUCCUGGCGCUCGAGGCGAGCCCGGACAACGCGGUGACUACGGUGAUGCUGGAAUUUCUGGAGCAGAUGGACGGCCCGGUCGUCCUGGCAGAAAUGGAAAGCCUGGCCUUCAGCCCAACACCCCAAAGAUAUACCUGGUCGGAGAGCCCGGCUACAAUGGACGCCGUGGAGAUCGGGGCGAUGAGGGCAGCCGCGGUCUGAAGGGUGACAAGGGUGAGCCCCAUCCCGGUGAGAUCUACGAUAACAGAGGCGAACGUGGAGAGCUUGGCGAGCCCGGCCUUCCCGGUUUCCGUGGACCAAAAGGCGAGAUGGGGGAACCGGGCUUGGAUGGAGAUGUCGGAGACAUUGGACCGGCUGGUGACACCAUUAGGGGAGAGAUUGGAGCCAAGGGUUAUCCCGGCAUACCGGGUGACUAUGGACUCCAUGGAGCUCCAGGUCUGCCUGGGCUUGAUGGUGAGCCUGGCACUGACGGUGUGGUCGGCUACAAGGGACAGCGCGGAGAGCCUGGCCCGUAUAUUCUACCCGGUGACAUCGGCAUACCUGGACGGACCGGCAUCGACGGGUUACCCGGUGACGAUGGCCCGCAUGGAGCUUUCGGACCCCCCGGCAUAAGUGGACGCAAAGGAGCUAAGGGUGAAAUGGGCCCGGAGGGAGCUACCGGAUUCACAGGACUUCCCGGAAACAAGGGCCAGCGUGGUGACUACGUAGUCGGUCCGAUUGGACCCAAAGGUAAUCCUGGUAGUCCCGGUCGGCAGGCAGCGCACGGCGUCAAAGGACAAAAGGGCGAGGUUGGCUUCUCUGGACUCAAUGGGCAUAAUGGAGCCAAGGGCAACAUUGGCUUCUCCGGCAACCGCGGUGCCCUCGGCAAUCCCGGACCCCAAGGCUUUCCCGGUAGUGUGGGAAUUGGCGGACUACCGGGCAUGACUGGCGACAUCGGAGAUCGCGGCGAUAUCGGCUUCGAUGGACGUCCUGGCGACAUUGGCCCUCGUGGAUCCGUUGGAGACAUGGGGCUGAAAGGUGUUACUGGUGACGAGGGAAAGUUCGGCUAUCCUGGAGCUAGCGGCUUAACGGGCCGCAAGGGAGAACAGGGCGACCGCGGCUUCCCCGGAAGGCAGGGUGCCAAGGGUGUGGCCUCCUACAGCGGCAUUAAGGGCGACGGAGGAGAACCCGGUUGGACCGGACCACCUGGUUACAAGGGUGCCGCCGGCUUGAAGGGAGUGCGAGGAGCUAUCGGCGACUCUCCCAUUGCCGUCGAUGGAAGCCUGGGUCGUAAGGGUGAAGCUGGCAAUCCAGGAUACAACGGACUGCCUGGUCUACAUGGAAUGAAAGGUGUUCGCGGCGAUCGCGGCAAUAGCGGAUUGCCAGGUCUGCAAGGAGAAGACGGCGAAAGGGGUUUUCCCGGCUACCGUGGUCAGAAUGGAGCUCCCGGCCUCAAGGGAUUGGUUGGAGAAAGAGGUCCCUCUGGUACUCUGGGCUUACAAGGAGAGAAGGGCGACGACGGCUACCCCGGCCAAAUGGGACAGAUCGGAGACCAAGGCCGUCAGGGUGAGCCGGGCUUUAUUGGACCACAGGGACAGAUUGGAGACGAAGGUGAGGAGGGAUAUCCCGGACGAGUCGAGGGUUUGGGCGACCGCUACCUAUACCGUGGCUUCCCCGGAGCGCGUGGUGCACAAGGCGAGCAGGGACAGAAAGGUGAACGAGGUCUGAUUGGAUAUCAGGGCGUCCAAGGGGCCAAGGGCUUGGUGGGCGACAUCGGUCUGGCUGGCCUGUCCGGACAAGAUGGCCGACCCGGAGCCAGUGGUCUGCCAGGUGACAAGGGUCUGAGAGGUCCACAGGGGUUGGCCCUUACAGCGGAACGCGGUGAGGACGGCGUCAUGGGAUACGAUGGAUUGGCUGGACGUCCCGGCCGUAGGGGUCAGAAGGGAGCACCCGGCGAGCAGGGCGAGUAUGGCCUGAACGGCGAAAUUGGACACCGUGGCCCCCAAAUUCAGGGCCCUCCCGGUGCUCAAGGUGAUGUCGGCUACCCAGGAGCUCCAGGACGCAAUGGUCAGUACGGCCAGAUCGGUGAGAAGGGCGAGCGCGGCAAUCAGGGACGUCAGGGAAAUGUUGGCGAGCCUGGAUUCGCCAUUUAUGGCCGUCAAGGUGACAUCGGUGACGUGGGCUUCCAGGGAGCGCCCGGCCGUGAUGGCUCCAAGGGAGAGAGAGGCUUCCAGGGCCGUCCUGGCCGCUACGGAGCUGCGGGUGCCCCCGGACCACGUGGCCAAACAGGCGAUGCUGGCUGGAGUGGCAUUGACGGAAUGGACGGUCUCUUCGGCAGGAAGGGUGAACCGGGCGACACCUACUCCUACGUCCAUGCCCAGAAAGGAGAUCGUGGCGAGCCCGGUCUGGAUGGCUUCAAGGGUGAGCAGGGAGAUAAGGGCCGUCAAGGUCUAGAGGGUGCCUUCGGCCAGCAAGGUAUGGCCGGCUAUCAUGGUGACCAGGGUGAGAUGGGCUAUACCGGAGCCGAUGGAUCUCCGGGACCGCGUGGCGACAUCGGUGAGAUUGGCCUGACUGGACGUGUUGGACUCCGUGGUCAACCGGGUCCCCCUGGUGACCCAGCUCCUCCGCCACCGAAGCCCAAGAGCCGCGGCUUCAUAUUCACGCGUCAUUCGCAAUCGGUGGUAGUUCCCCGGUGCCCGGCAAACACUAACAUGCUGUGGGAGGGCUACUCCUUGUCUGGCAACGUGGCCGCCAGCCGGGCCGUCGGCCAGGACUUGGGUCAGUCGGGAUCCUGCCUGAUGCGCUUCACCACCAUGCCCUACAUGCUCUGCGACCUGAACAAUGUCUGCAACUAUGCCCAGAACAACGACGACAGCCUCUGGCUGUCCACUGCCGAGCAGAUGCCCAUGACCAUGACGCCCAUUCAGUCCAGGGAUCUCAUGAAGUACAUCUCCCGAUGCGUGGUGUGCGAGACAUCGACCAGGAUCAUUGCCAUGCACUCUCAAUCCAUGUCUAUUCCGAACUGCCCUGGCGGCUGGGAGGAAAUGUGGACCGGUUUCAGUUACUAUAUGACCACCAUGGACAACACUGGAGGCAUUGGCCAGAACCUGGUGUCACCUGGCUCCUGUUUGGAGGAGUUCCGCUCCAAUCCUGUCAUUGAGUGCCAUGGACAUGGACGCUGCAACUACUACGAUGCUCUGGCCUCCUUCUGGAUGGCGGUCAUCGAGGAGCAGGACCAGUUUACCCAGCCACGUCAGCUGACCCUUAAGUCGGAUCCGACCAGCAAGAUUAGCAGGUGCACGGUCUGCCGUCGUCGUAGCGAUAGCUACGUGACCCGAACGACAACCACCUCGUCUUCGUCAUCUGGCUCGUCAGGAGCAUCGCGAUCGGGAUGGGGUUCCGGUUCAGGAACUGGCUCUGGCUCAGGAUGGGCCACCGGAUCGAGAUCUGGAACUGGCUCUGGCUCAGGCUCAGGAUGGGCCACCGGAUCAGGAUCUGGAACUGGCUCUGGCGCAGGAUGGGCCACCGGAUCGAGAUCUGGAACUGGCUCCGGCUCUGGCUCAGGAUGGUCCACCGAAUCGGGAUCUGGACCUGGUACUGGAUUUAGAUCGAGUUCAGGCUCAUCGUGGGGAUCCCCGACUAGCUGGUCAGGUGGUCCAACAGCACCCGAUCGGUCUGCACCAAUCCCACAACAGCCAGUGCCGCCACCGGCCAACCUCUACAACGUGAGGUACAACAACCGUCGCCCGAACAACAAUCAACAGCAAAGCUUCAGCAACCAGUACGCCCAGCACGGGAAUCCCCGACAGUACCGUCGGCGUCCGCGUGAGGACACUACCGCUCCCUAGAAGCCAGGCCGCAGUUCGAGAACAGUUUACGCACUAAGUAGCAGUUAAAUUUCGUUUUAAGUCUAUUGCUAUCAAUCCGAUGCUUCUGUUAAUCAACCAACCACGAGCAGUGCCAUCUUUUGUCGAGUAUCCUCUGAGGAGUUGUGUAAUCUAAUUACGUGGACAAACCAUAAUAAUAUACCAAGUACCAAACGAAACAACCAAAAACCAACCAAAAAAAGGGAAGAGAAGAGAAGAUAAUUUCCACUGCCCCUAGACUUGCCAUUAAAUGAUCCAUCUGCACACAUUGCAGCAAAUAUUGUAACAAUAACAAAAACCAAAAACAAAACCCAGUUUUUUGAUAAAUAAAAUUUACACAACAUAAAACCAA